AUGUUACAUAUUUACAAAAUGAAUGGCAAAAUUACUGUUUUGUCGCAUAUCGUACAGAAAUAUCAUUGGGAUUGUGGAAUUGCUUGUAUAAGAAUGAUAUUAUCUGUACAUAAACGAUUUGACGAAUCAGUAAUUUAUGGCGUUUUAAAUGACUUGGAUAUUUUUGAAAGUACGUGGACGAUAGAUCUAGUUCAUAUUUUACAUCAUUUCGGCAUUGACUGUGAAUAUUACACAGUGACUUGUGGAGUUGAUCCAAACUACAAGAACGAAACCUAUUAUAAAUGCAAUUUUUCCAAAGAUGAACAUCGUGUAAGCAAAUUGUUUGACAAGGCUAGUGAUAUGGGUUGGUGUAUAAUUAAAAGGUCUUUGUCAAUUGAAGAAAUCCUGUUUAAAUUAAAUGACGGUUAUGUUGCGAUUACUUUAGUCAAUUCACUUUUACUUAAUUGCAAGUGGUGUACACAGAAGUAUCUGCAAUUAUCCACAUGUGUCCCUAGAAAUGAUGCCCACACCAUUUUUAAUGUGAAUGAUCUUGUGGCACCUUAUGAAGGUCAUUACAUUAUAGUUUGUGGCCAUGAUGUCUGUUCAGGGUCUAUAUUUUAUAAGAAUCCUUCAUUGUAUGAAACUGAAUGCUGUAUUGACAAGUCAAUAUUUGAUGAGGCUAGAAAGAGUUAUGGCACAGAUGAAGAUAUUGUAUUUAUAAAAUUAUGAUAAAACAGAUUUUGAGCAGAGCUGUUAUAUGAAAGUAAUUCCUUGUUAUAUUUAAUUCAUGAAUAUAUAAAAUAAAAAUUCCAUAACAUUCCCCUAA